CCCAUCGACCUGCCUUAUCAGGCAGGAAAGCGCAAAAAGAAGGUGACAGAUUUCCAACCAAUCAAAGUACUGGGUAAGGGUAGCUAUGGCAAAGUCAUAUUGGUCAAGGACAAGAUUUCAGGCAAAUUGUACGCACAAAAGCAGCUCCGCAAGGCUUCCAUGAUUGUGAACGCAAAAAAUUACGAAAGAACGCUAACAGAAAGAACCAUCUUGGAGCGCGUCAGACACCCAAACGUGGUGAAACUAUUCUAUGCUCUCCAGGAUUUUGAUAAAUUGUAUCUCAUUCUAGAGUAUCUAGAAGGUGGGGAGUUAUUCCAUCAUUUGUCGCAAGAAAGGAUCUUGUCUGAGAAAAUUGCGUGUUUCUACGUAGCCGAGAUAAUUCUUGCUCUGCGGCACUUGCAUCUGCAUACCGGUGUGAUUUAUCGCGAUCUAAAGCCAGAAAAUUGCAUGCUCAACCGACGUGGACAUUUGGUUUUGACAGAUUUUGGUCUCAGCAAAGUGUCCACUGAAAGUAGUUCACUUUUUGGAACCGCUCAGUACAUUGCCCCAGAAGUUAUCCAAGGUGAACGUUACGAUAGUCAAUGCGAUUGGUGGUCUCUGGGAGCUGUUACGUUUGAUCUGCUGACGGGGUCGCCGCCAUUCACUGGUAACAACAACAAAAAAAUCAUGGACAAGAUUCUCACGCAAAAAGUAAGGUACCCAUUUUAUCUUUCGCAGGACGCCAAAGACUUGCUGAUUAAGCUUCUCAACAAGAAUCCGCUAAAAAGGCUCAAUUGCGACACGGAGUUCGACCAAAAAGUUCGAUCCCAUAGAUUUUUCCGGUAUAUUAAUUGGCAGCAUGUUAUAGACCAAAAUGAUGCAGAACAGCCACCCCCAAUAGUGCCAGUCGUGACGAACCCCGAGCUGGCCGAGAAUUUUGAU